GCUUUGACGAUUUCAAAUACAAACGCCAGAACAAUAAGGUAUUUCUUUCAAAUCUCUCGAAACUACUAAGAAAAAUUUCCAAUGCGCGUAACUUUUAGAAGUCUUUGUUUAAAAAUCAUAAUUUUAUGUACUAUUAUAUUUGGAUUUGCAAAGCAGAAAAUCAUGUCGGGUCGCACGAACAAGCCACAGACGGUUCUGACCGGUCUACUAGUUAAUAGUAACGCCAAGCGUGUAAAGUGGAGACAACAACAGGUGGCGAAGGAGCAGCAACAGGCGUUGAAGCCGGAACCAGAGCUGAACCGUGUGGUUGCUCCCAGGAGAUCCUAUCGCCCUCACAUCCUGAGGCCCUCGACAAUCCGGCGAAUCUGUCACUUGCCUGCCGAACAGUGCAACUCAACAACAGAGGCCAAGGUGAGGUAUUUCAAUUCGAAGUUCGGCAAAUGCAGUCUGACCGUUUGCCACGAGGACAUCUGUCCUUAUACCGAAGUCUGCAAGAAACAUAAGAAGAAAAAGCCGAAGCCUUCGAUUUCGAUGAUGAAGUCUAUACGCCGUAUUGUCAAGAGAUCCGCUAGGAACUCGGUGAUUCCCAAGGGUAAGCUCAACAGCCGAAUCGCCAAGAAAGCCACGAAGUCUCCGUAGACUCCACCUACUCUUCGCUCGCCACUGUAGUAAAGGACUUCAAGAACUGCUAUAUAGCUCUCUCAUGCCAGUGAAGAAUAGUGGGUAUUUUGUAUAUUUUUACUUGAUCAACUAUGCGUCCUGGGAAUAAAGUUUUAAUACAUGAUCAUAAGCACAAA